AUGUCAGUGCCCCAUAUGAACCGAUGGGUGGCACUAAACGCCCAGCAAGACCGAAACCUUGAAAAGAAACGCCCCUGUUUGGAUCGUAAACAACUUCACAGAUGCAGAGACAGGCAGGGCAUCGAAACUGAUUUCAGAUCGGUGUGUGUUGGACAGAGAGGGGUCUGGGGUCUCUGCUUGAGCAGCUCUGGGAACAGAUAUGAACGCUGCGCGUGCACGCGUUUACAGAUGCGGACCAUUGUAACAGCAAUAGCUACAGAAACUAAACUUAUGGAGGAGUCCGAGACGAGGAAGUCUGUAAGAUGGAAAGAGACGAGCAGAAUAACUCAGACUGAAGAGGACAUCAUUACGUCUUACUUAACAGCCUCCGAUGAGAAUCAGAACAAACUGCAGGAGGCAGAGGUUAUGGACUUGGAAGCGGUUAAACAUGACUCAGAGAACAGGAACCCAGAGGAGAGGUCUCCAACAAACAUCAAGAGCCAUAGCUGUUCUUUAGAUCAUGGUCGUCUCUCUGGGAUUGUGCCACCUGGGCCUAGUCCUUAUCUUCUGGCUUCACUGCAGUCCCUCGUUGAACACAAUGAUCACAUGCUCCUUCCUCAUUCCUUACACCAGAUAGCGGAGGGCUACUUCCUUGAAAAGGACUAUCAGUGGGCAGUGGAGUUUCUUCAACUAGAGAAGCUGUAUCACGAAAGACUGCUGUCUAAUCUGGCCUCCAUACAAGAGAAAUGGGAGUCCCAGAGGAAAAUCAGCGUCCAAACUGAAAGUAACUCUCCUUUAAACUCUAAUGGAACUGACACAGAGAGGGAGCAUAUGGAACUGUUGAGUCAUAUCUGCAAAACACACCAGAGACCUAAACUCUCUUUGGAAAAGAACAUGGACGACAUAAAACUACACAACAGCCCAACCCUUGUGUCAAAACACAGAAGAUCAAAACAAGAAAAAGCUUCAGUCAACUCAACCGAAAGAGAGAACCGGGCGGAGGACUGCUCAUGGCCAGAAGCUGAACAGGAGCCAGAAGAGGACUGUGAAUUGAAUGAGGAGGAGGAGGAGGAGGAGGAAGAAGAAGAGGAAGAGGACGAGGACGAGGAAGGUCUUGAGGAGGAUGAGUGCUGGAAUGAGGAGCUGCAGGAUGACACAGUCGUUGACGGCCAAGUUCCUGUGGAUGAGCUGGCCAGCCUUAUUCAGGUAGAAGAGAAGUUUCCCUCAGACGGCUUAGUGUCUAUUUUAAAGAAGAGAUUCUGCGCCAGGGAAACGGAGAAAGCCUCGCUGCUAAAAGACUCAACCAAACGCAGAGUCCGCUUUAGAGAGCCAGACGAUGCUUUCGAUCAAGAUGAGUCGGCCAGAAACUCUUGCCUCGUCCUUCUCGCCUUGUGUCUGGUUACUGUGGUGAUUAGCAUGGGUGGGACUGCUCUUUAUUGUCUCGCUGGAGAGGCGUACUCAAAUGUGUGCGCCGACUUCUCGCAAAACAUGGACUUUUACUUUGGACCUGUACGACGAGGAGUGAACGCUCUCGCACAGUGGCUCUUUUCUGAUGCAUCAUAGCAGCUAUUUUAUGCAGUGGAACUAUUUCUUCAUAUUAUCAUUUCCGAUGAUUAACAACAGUAUUCCUCUUGAGAUAAUAUGCACUAAUGCACAUUACCAGACUGGCCUUAAUAAAUGUUGCUUUAGCGAGUCACGCAGGGCUUCCUAAUGCAUAAAUAAAUUUGUGUAAUGUAUUUAAUAUUGGUUCAAAAACAGGUUAUUACAGAUAAUCCUAAUAUACCACUUAUUACAGAUAAUCUUAAUAUACUGUACCACUGCCAUUCUUUUAAUCAGUAACUACAUGCAUUGAAAUAAUUGCCUAUGGAGCCAGUGAUAUUGUUUUUUUGUUUUUUUUUAUUGUUUACUCCAAGACACUAUAUUCCAUGUUUAUCUUUGUAUUUAUGCAUUUAUUUUGACUUGGCACUUUUCAUUGGUGCUACAAUCACUGAAAUUCAUACAGUAUGAACAAAAAUAAGCAUAAAUGGGUGUAUGUUGAAGGAAUAGUUCACUCAGAAAUUAAAAUUGGCUCAUAAUUUACUUGGCUUAAGGCCAUCCGAGAUGUAGAUGAGUUUGUUUCUUCAUCAGAACAGAUUUGGAGAAAUGUAGCAUUACAUCACUUGCUCACUAAUGUAUCAUCUGAAGUGAAUGGGUGCCGUCAUAAUGUCCAAACAGCUGAUAAAAACAUCACAAUAAUCCACAAGAAAUUCAGAUAACUCCAGUCCAUCUUGUUAAAUGAAAAGCUACGUUUACAAGAAACAAAUUCAUCAUUCAGGAGUUUUAAUUUUAAACAACAAAUAUUAACCAAUAAAGCAAUAUUAUGGAUAGACGACUAACCAGAAGCAACUGUUUGAAGUAUCUAUUCUGAUGAAGAGACAAUCUCGUCUACAUAUCGGAUUGCCUGAGAGUGAGUAAAUUUUCAUUUUUGGGUGCAUUAUUGCUUUAACUAUGGGAUAUUAACUUGUCAAAAUGGCUUUAUUGUUAACAUGAACAGGCUGAAUAGUAGAAUAACGAUGAUAGAUUGUUCUGACUUGAUGUCAAUUAAUCGUUGCUCCAACACUUGGUCAGCAGGUACAAAAUACACAAUUUUAUAAUAGUACAGUAUAAAAGACAGCAAUCAAUCAGAUUGCUUUAAUUACAAAUAUGAUUUGUGUUCAGCAAUCAAAGUGAGUGUGAGUUUUUGUGGAAUAUUUUAAUUUUAAAUGUUUUAAUAUGCUCAGAACCAGAACCCUGUUUUGUUGUAUGUUUCUCUUUUUUCUUUCCCAAGUAGUAUUCAUGAUCUCUGAAUUAUGACUGGAAAUGUGUUUUUAUAUUUAGAAAGUGGUUUAAGGUUUAUGCUGUAGCUCUGUCUGUAAUAAUAUUGGAUUGGUCCUCUGAAUGGAAGAAAAGAUGACGCAGCAUUAAAUGGAAUUGGCACACAUAAUAAAACCUAUGGUGAAGUAGGAGCAUUUCUCUUUGGAAACCCA